AUGUGCAAACAGCUUUGUCUUAUAAAAUCCGAAAAUACUGACACAGCAAAUAUAGACGUAAAUAUUGCGGCAACCACUGGUAUGGUAGCCUCAGGGAUUGGUUAUUCUCAGUUCGAAGAGCUUUUUUCCUCCAUGAAUAUUCACAUAUUUUCUACAAAAUUUCACAACAAACUGCAGGGACAAGUUUACGAUAGUUUUGAAAACACAGCUGCUGAAUCCAUGAAAGCUGCUGCUGAAGAAGAAAAAGAGUUGGCAAUCGCAGAAGGUCGCACCAAAAAUGGCAUACCAGUGGUUGAUGUUUACGUUGACGCUUCUUGGUGUGCU